CAUACUGGCGCCAGAGGGCGUUAUCACGAUCAACCGGCCACAUUUGUGAACUGUGGGCGCGUGGCGAAGAGCGGUUGGCCGUGAACGCGACAGAUUUGCUGCCUUCAUAGCAACGUCUUGGGACAAGUCUACGUCCUGUCCUGGAAUCAUCGACACCCAGCGCGCGUGUGUUGUGUGUGUCGCGAUCUUGUUUUUUAGUUCCAAUUUUUAUUGUAUAUGAAUAUUGUUCUCAACAAGCCAGACACAACAUACAGAAGAGGCAGUAUGGGUGAAGAACCGGGAAAGUUAUUCAUAGGAGCUGUCAGCAGCCAGGUGACAAAAGAGGAAUUCCAAGCCUUCUUUGAGAAGUACGGUGAGGUGGCAGAUUGCGUCUUGAUGAUUGACAAAGUGACGGACAGGAAUCGAGGAUUUGGCUUUGUCACCUUCAAGGACCCGGCGUGCGCCACCAAAGUCCUCUCAUCCCCAACUCCUCUCAAGCUACAUGGGCGUGCACUUGACCCCAAACCUUGCGUGCAGAGAGGCCAGCUGGCUACUCCCACUGACAGGCCACCCCAGAGCAAGAGCCUCGACAUGAAAGUCUUUGUCGGUGGGAUCUCCCAGAGCACCAACGUUGACGGCAUCAAGAACUUCUUCAACGGCAACAAUUUCCCGGUCAAAGACGUGGUCAUCAUGCACGACAACCAGACGCUGAAGAGCCGAGGUUUCGGGUUUGUCACCUUCAUUGACGAUGCCACCGUGGAAAACGUCUGCAGGCAGCGAUUUUUCAACAUUGAUAACAAAACGGUGGAGUGCAAGAGGGCGGAGCCUCGGGGUGGUAACGAGAUGGGUGGUGGCCAGGGUGGGGCCCCAGGGGGCGCUGGAGGCAACUACAACCAGAUGCAGCGGGGUGGGCCCCCAGGAGGUGGGCCCCCCAACAUGGGCGGAGGGUUCAACCAGGGCUGGGGUCAGAACCCCAACCCGGGCUACAGCAAUAACCAGUUCAACCAAGGGGGAGGCAACUACCCAGCCCCAGGAGGCUGGGGUGGACAACCGCAGCAGGCCCCAAUGGGCAACUAUGCCCAGCAGCCACAGCAGCAAGGCGGCUUUGUGCCCCGGGGUGGACCGAUGCCGAACCAAGGAGGCUUCCGGGGCCAGUACAACGGCAACGCCGCCUACAACCAGCAGCGGGCCCCGCCGCAGCAAGGGGGCUACGGCUACGGCCAGCAGCAGCAGCCGCAACAGCAGCAGGCACCCCCUCCGCCGCAGCAGCAGCAGCCGCCCCAGCAACAGCAGCCGCAGCAGCAAGGGAAUUAUGGACGACCCAGUGCUGGGGGCGACGGCCACCAUGCCAAGACCCCACGGUUAACCAAGUCCCUAGGCCCGCCGCAGAGCUACAACUACGGCAACUACGGCCAGCAGGCACCUCGCCCUCAACAACAGCAGCAACAGCAGCAGCAGCCCGACGCCUACAGUAACCAGGCCCCGCCCCAGACCAACCAGGGUUACAAUACUGGUAACUAUGGGGGACAGGCGCAAGGCGGCUAUGCCCCGAACGGGAAUAUGGGCAACUAUCCCCAGGAGGCGUCCGGCUAUGGGCCUCAGCGUGUCAACUACAACCAGCCCCAACCCAACUUCAACCAACCGCAAGGCAGUGGGUAUGGCGGCGACAUGAGUGGGGCGUUCACUGCCCCGCCCCAGCAGCAACCCCCCCAGCAGCAACCCCAGCAACAGGGUUACCAGCAGCCCCAGCAAGACACCUCACAGGACAUGUACAACGCUGCGGCGCCUGCCGCUCAGGGCAACUUUGCCCGCGGGGGCAACAACGCCGCCUUGCCCUUUCACCCCUACAGGCGAUAAACAAUCAUCCACCCACUUACCCCUUCUCUCUUACCCCCAUCAAACUCGGCUCUGUGGCCUCUCGUAACGUUGCACUUGUCUGCCACAACUGGUUAUGGGGAGCGUCAGUUGAACCUGACGAGAUGGGGGCUGGUGUGGCCCGAGAUUUUGCUGCACUCAACGCCACCGUGUUUAUUGAAAUAUCUCGGACACAAUUUAACUUCAUGUCACAAGCAAAGGAUUGUGGUGUCUCCUCUGACCUCAUGUACAUUAUCUGAUGAUUACGCUUAUAGCAGGUUGAUUUCCCUUCUUCUUUGCAUUUGAUGUUGGCUAAUUUUACUGUUCACUAUCGCGACCAAAAAACCCCCCAAAUUUCAUACUAAAGUACAUAGGUGACAGCUUUUGGUGCACCGUGUUAAUUUUUUGGGGGUAUUUUUGAACAGGUGAUAUACAAUGUGGGUGCUUGUGUGCACUUCCCUGUAUAAUGUUCAACUCUUGUUUGCUUUGAGACAUCAUCGGUUGCGCACCAAAACCGCUCUGUAUUUGAAGAGAAAACUUUUUAAAAAAUGCUUCUUCAUUACAGGAUCGCAGUGACAUUUUUGGUUCUGAACCUCGAGCAAAACCACUUAAGAUUGCAAAUUUUUUACUGAACGUUUCAUCCAGUGCCAUUGGUUUAUUAGCAGUUAUGUAAAAUACACAAAUUGCCAUUAAGAGCUGCUUUGUUAGUGUUCGCUGUGCAUGGUUACAGAUAUGUAUUGCUACGUGUAGCCAGGAUUUUGUUCUAGGCACAAAGCUGUAUAUUGGCUGGUCAGUAGCCCGAGUUAGAAUUUCACCCUUUUCCGUAGCCGACACGAAUGUUUAGAUCAUAAUGCCAUACAUACACGCAGUCUGUUUCCCAGUCACACAAGUGUAGCGUAGUCAAAACGACGCUUCUUUUGCACCUUGUGUUCGUUUUCACCUUGCGUUCGUCUAGUUUUGAGUCAGUCUUAUUGGAUUGUUUUUUUCCUGGUUAGUGUUAUGCCCCCCCCCAUGGUAAAUACAUGUAGUGACGUUGAAUACACUUGUGGAUUGGCGGUGCCCCCGUUCAAGUUGAAGUGGUGCCCUGGGAAAGUGGGAAGUUCACUUGUAAGCCCAGACCUUUUGUCGCACCUUGUUUCCAACAGCAACAGCGAAAUCUGUAGCCUGCUGAAUGUACCAGAUUUGCAACACCUAGAGCAAAAAAGUUCUUUUGCUUCACCACAUUCUUAUCAGAUCAAAACAGUUCCAUUCUUUGAGCAAGGAUUGGAUACUUCAUGCACAGCACAUGUAGGUAUCAAGUCUGGAAUUCCAAACAUUGUCAACGUUUGAGAAAUGGAAUGAAUGUCAAGUGCUCAUAUUUUUUACGUUGUUGAUUGCGCCAGAGUUUUUCAAUGAACUUUUUAUUUGGUGGUUGUUUGUUUGUUUGUGUUUGGCUGUUUUUUUUUUUUUACUUUUAUUGUCCUUAGACAUGUAGAGUGAAUUAUGGGACUGUUUUUAUCCAGGGUUUUAACAAAGGAAAGCAAAAUACAAGAAACACUAAAUUCCUGCAAAUGCCGCCUACAGAAUAAAGCGUUAAUGUAAUGGGAA